AUGCAACUCACUGCUGCUGUCUCACUCCUUUUCUAUGCCCUCGGGCUGGCGACGCCAAUCUUGGAUGAGCCCAGAGAAGUCGGGCCUCUGAGCAAUAUCAGUCCCCUUUUCCCUCGUGCCGGCACUGGCGAUGACAAGACUGAUCCCAUCAAGGCCAAGGUGACCGUUACCAAGGGCAGCAAGAAAGACCCUACCGGUACCGGGGGGAAUCAACUCACCUUUGAUGUUGACUGCUGGGCUAUUUUGUGCAAGGACGCCCCCAAGGUCUUGCAGCGCGUGGUGAAGAAGAGAGUGACCCAAAACCGUAAGGACAGCAAGGCUUGCCCCUCGCCCUACACGAGGAAGAAGGAUCCCGUCACGGCUCCCGCCAGAAACAACAAAUGGGCACAGAGCGACUUUAACUCUGCCGAAGAGUAUCCAUUCGCGUCCUCCUUGCAGGGCGGAACCGGGGCGAAUAAGAUCCUGCAGUUUGACCCCGAGAGCACGGCUGCUGGAGCCAGCAAAGGGACAUGGUUUGAGUUGGAGUUCACCGGAGAACUGGGUCCUUACUGCGACGCCCUCGCAAGAGGCGACACGAGCGUUUGCGAUGACAAGCACGAUGCCAGCGGUCCGUGGGGCUUCGACGUGGCAAAGUUUGUCAGUCAGUGGAACGCGGCUACUGGGAAAUAUGAUUAUGCUGGAAAGAACUAA